GUGAGUGACAUGUGAGAUACCUCACACCGACAGUGAACAUGUCCAGAAAUCACCUACGAUUUAUAGCGAGAACGGUUCUGGUUCGUAACAAUGAUGUAGACAGAUCUUACCGAGUUCUUGAUAAAAUACAUCGUAAUGAGAAAAUCUUUGAAAAUGUGAGAAGAAAAAUGUUCUACGAGAAGCCAUAUCAGACACGAAAUCGUCUUAGUUGGGAAAGAUGCAAAAGAAUUUACAAUGCAGACAUGCAAAGGAAGAUUGAGUUUGUCAUGAGAAAGAACAGAACAGAUCCUUGGCCAAGAUGACUUAGGUGAACCACAGAAAAGAAGCAGUGAAUUAUCUGAACUCAUACAAGUGUUACUUGUGUUAAAGAGGAUGAUAUGUGUUAUGUGUGUAAGACUAAGUUGCCAGCUGUUUGUAGUCUUUUUCUUCCUUGUACAUGUAGACAGAGUCCCUUCUAGACAGUCUAUAGGCAUUGUACUUGUUUGCAAAGUUACACCUUUUCAUUUGCAUACACCACAAUACAUCCAUGUAUCAAAUUCGUUUUUAUUGUGCUAAAAUGUGCUGAGAAUAAAGACUUUG